AUGACCAGAGCCUUCAAGAGUACGAACCAACCAUUUUUCCGGCCCACCUACAUCUUAAAUCAUGCCAUCCUGUUGCUCCAGUGGAACAUUCCCGUCAGCUGUGCAUCUGAUAUAGCCGAGUUGGCCGAUACCUGCGAGGGCAGCGCUGCCGAUGGGACCUCCGUCCACCCUGAUAUUGCGGUUCUGUCCCUGGAUGUCACCUCGACGCCAUUAGUCACAGAAGCUGCUAAGGCUGUCAGUGAAAGCGGCCGUGGACUUGACAUACUAGUCAAUAAUGCUGCUUUUGGAUACACGACGCCCGUCCUCGAUAUCGACAUUGAUGAAGCCAAGAAAGUACAAGAUACCAACCUCUGCGGCAGCGUACGUACGAUCCAGGUCUUCAAAGACCUGUUGAUUGCGAGCUAUGGGCGUAUUAUCAACUUUAAAGUCAUCACCGCUGUAUUUAGUCUACCAUGGGACGCUGCAUACAAAAUAGAAAGGGGCUCAUUGGAUGUCCGAUUUACUUUUCUUAGUGGUCGACUUGACUAG